GCUUGCCAGUGUCCCUUCCUCUAAGCCCUAGGAAGGCCUGAGGCCCCAGACAGAGGGAGGAAAGCUGACUUCAGAUACCCCAGCCCCGCCUCUUCCCCCUGCCUGCUCAGCUUCCUCUCUCCACUUCCUGCUACUGCAGGCCUCUCCUCCGAGAACAGAGCCCAGGUCAUGACUCACUGGUUUCCUGCAUCCUGAGGAUGGCCCAGCCAGAGGACAAGGCACCUGAAGUCCCCACAGAAGGGGAGAGAGAACAUCAGGGGUAUGGCAUGUGCCAGAGCUGGAUACCCAGGAUGCGGAGGCCCUCGUGGGGCUGUGGCCAAUGGGGAAAGAAAAAAGAAAAAAAAAAUCCUGUGGAAGAUGUCCACUGGCUGAGCUUGAGUCACAUGACCGUCCCUGAACCAAACAGUGGGCCGAGAGCACCGUCAUCCUAUUGGCUAGAUCAGAGUUUCUUGGUCAUAGGACAUGACCCCAGCCAGGUCCUGGUGUUGAGGACAGGACUAUUACCAGGAGAAGUCAACAGCUACCAGAUCCAGAAGACUGCCAGAGAAGGUGUGUCCCUAGAAUCCUCCAACCUCUGCAUGCCAGACCUACCCCAUCUCCUGGCCUUUCUAUCAGCUAGCAGGGAUGUUCUGCCCAGAACCCUGCUCUUGCCCCCUCCCACUCUAGGGCCCAGAGAUGAACACACAGAUCCUCUGCAGAUUGGCAGCGUCCAACAGGACACCCCAGGGAAGGUGCUUUGCAUUGUGAACCAGCUCUACCUGGAGACCCACAGAGGCUGGGGGAGGGAGCAGACCCCUCAAGAAACAGAGUCAGAGGCUGCACAGAGACAUGAUCCAGCCCCCAGGAACCCUGCACCUCACGGGGUCUCCUGGGUGAAAGGCCCGCUCAGCCCGGAAGUGGACCAUCCUGGGCCGGCUCUGGCCAGCCUCCUGGAGGAGGAGGAAGAAGACCCUGAAGGAAGGGAGGAAGGAAGGGAGGGCGACCCUGAAGAGGAAGGCCCCGAGGAAGUGCUCACCAUUCACAUCCAGUCUCUGGUCAGGGCCCGUAGCAGCUACGUGGCCAGGCUGUACCGAAGCCUUCGGGUGCGCAUCGCCUCAGAUUCUGGGGGUCCCCACGGGUCUGGGGACCCGGCCACGGAGCUGCUUCAGGAUGUGCGGCACCUCCUUACUGACCUCCAGGAUCACCUGGCAAAGGACUCCUACAUCAGGGCUGUCUUUGGGAGCAGGGGUCCUGGGGUCCCCAAGAAGGACGAGGAUCCAGGCCCCGCGCUGGAGAUGGCCGUGUGCCAGGCGGUAUUGGCGCCCUUGAAGCCGGCCCUGUGGAUGCGACUCCGCACACUCCGAGCACCGGAGCUGCGACUGCUGCGGCGGCGACAAACAGCCCUGCGGGCAGGGGCGGGGCCUCCGGGAGCACAGGGGGCGGGGCCGGAGGGGCAGAGCCCCGCCCCCGCCUUGCGGAGUCGCAUCCACGAGCGCCUUGCGCAUCUCCACGCUGCCUGCGCCCCGCGCCGCAAGGUGGCGCUUCUGUUGGAGGUGUGCAGAGAUGUCUACACGGGCCUGGCUCGGGGCGAGAACCAAGAUCCCUUGGGGGCCGACGCCUUCCUGCCGGCGCUGACUGAGGAACUCAUCUGGAGCCCGGAUAUUGGGGAGACGCAGCUGGACGUGGAGUUUCUUAUGGAGCUCUUAGAUCCAGACGAGCUGCGGGGAGAGGCUGGGUACUACCUGACCACGUGGUUUGGGGCGCUGCACCACAUUGCCCACUACCAGCCCGAAACAGACCGCGCUCCCCGGGGGCUCAGCUCCGAGGCCCGCGCCUCCCUGCACCAGUGGCACCGCAGGCGGACUCUGCACAGAAAGGAUCAUCCCAGAGCCCAGGAUCUCAGCUCCACAGAGUUGACUGUCUACACACAAAGGCCCAAAAGCCCUGAAUGCCCUCAGAUGGAAGAUAGGAAAUCAAAAGUUGUCCGUGGAAGCAAAAAGAAUCAAUAACGAGACCGGGCGUGGUAGCUCACGCCUAUAAUCCUAGCACUUUGGGAGGCCGAGGCGGAUGGCUCACUUGAGGUCAGGUGUUUGAGACCAGCGUGGCCAACAUGGUGAAACCCCAUUUCUACUAAAAAUA